AUGAUGCGUGUGAGGAACAGGGCACCGGAGACUUCCAUGGACGGGGGCUCAGUCCCCGGCGCCGCCGGAGAUGAAAACGAAUGGGAAGUCCGGCCAGGAGGAAUGCUUGUUCAGAAGCGCGACCCGGAUGCUGAAACCAACCGUAUUCCUCCACCAACAAUUCGAGUUCGGGUCAAAUACGGGUCGAUUUACCAUGAAAUCAACAUCAAUUCACAAGCCACAUUUGGGGAGUUGAAGAAGAUGUUAUCAGGUCCAACAGGAUUACACCAUGAAGAUCAGAAGCUCAUGUAUAAAGAUAGAGCGAGGGAUUCAAAAUCAUAUCUUGAUGCUGUUGGUGUCAAAGAUCGAUCAAAAAUGGUGGUUAUGGAAGAUCCAAUUAGUCAAGAGAAAAGGAUUCUGGAGAUGAGAAAGAAUGCAAAACUGGAAAAAGCUGCUAAAUCCAUUUCCGAUAUUAGCUUCGAAGUCGAUAGACUUGCUGGACAGGUGUCAGCCAUUGGUUCGGUUAUAUCUAAAGGUGGAAAAGUUGCAGAGAAGACUCUGUUGAAUGUGAUCGAGUUGUUAAUGAAUCAAUUGAUUAAACUAGAUGGAAUUUCAGUCGAUGGUGAUGUAAAAUUACAGAGGAAAUUGCAGGUGAAAAGGAUUCAGGAGUAUGUUGAAACUCUGGAUGCUUUAAAGCUUAAAAACUCCGCUCAAAGCAACAAUGGCGACGGAAAUCAUGUUCAAGAACAGAGAUUUUCAGAUGGGUAUGGUGGCACGCCGCCUCAAUCAAGGCGGAGAGUUGGGAAAUCUUCAUCAACUCCGGUGGUGGAUCAACGUCAACCACCGUCAACGGAGGCAGCUAUGGCAACAACCGAAUGGGAGAUUUUUGAUUCUUUGGCUACCCCAACAUCAAGCACUACCACUAAUACUACCAUGAAUCCGAUGUUCAAAUGGGAUUUGAUUUAGAAGAAAUAAAAAAGAACUCAAGUAUGUGUUGUAGUGCGUGAAAUGUGUGUGUUUUGGAUAAUUCCGAGGUUGAUUUUGUCAUUUAUUCUCUAUCCAUUCUUUUCUGUACCUAGAUUUGUUGGCAUUUGGUAUGUUGAUGUAGACAUCCAUUUGAUAUCAAAUAAUAUGAUUGUUAUGUUCAUGGUGAUCAUUAACGAAUUUUAUGUUGAUGUAGACAUCUAUUUGAUAUCAAAUAAUAGGAUUGUUAUGUUCAUGGUGAUCAUUAAUGAAGAUGACAAGAUUGUUGGAAAUAUGAUGUAAAA